AGAUACAACUCAUUGGAAUGAAUUAUUCAAGGAUAUUGCUACAUUAAAUGAUCAUGAUAGAGAAGCACUCGAUCGUGAUAUAACUGUUUCAGAAUGUCAUGAAGCAUUGAAAGUGAUGCCUUUGGGCCGUUCACCAGGUGAUGACGGUAUUCCGAUCGAAGUCUGGAAAUGA